AUGCGCCCCGAAAUGGGAGAGUGGGCUCGAUGGGUCCAUAACGUGCAGGGCAAACAAAUGAAGAAGGCCCGCUGCCUGGUGAAACUUGGGAAGGGUAAGGUGGACUCCAGCUCCUACCAGCCUCGCGCUAGAUCACCUCCACCAGGGAAAAGAAUUGCGGCCUCGAAACCAUGUGCGACUGCUCAGUCUACUGGCAAGAAAGUGAGACAGAGGAAGACUGGAGGUAAGACCAAUGGCCUUCUUCCCUCGACGGAGGCGGAUCCCUAG